AUGCUCGCCCGCUCCAUCGUCUUCACCCUUUUAUUCACCAUUCUUAUCGUGGACGCUGCUCUUCCAAGGCUGCGACCUGCGAAGAAGGCUAUGCGAAACUCGUUGGUACGCUUCGGAAAACGAGGUGACGUGUCUGACAACGUUUUCUUAGGUGAGUCGUUCGGGCCAGGUGAAACAGAUGGUCUCUACUUCGAACGGGAGCAACCGAAAAUCCCUGUGCAAUACUCGUACUACUGA